GUACUGCCACCGACUGCCACACACUAUGAUGAGUUUUCUGAUUAUCGAUCUCCUUAUCGUUCAAAUGAGAAUAUUAUGAUGCAAUAAAUUGGUUUCUCCAAACGUUUCAAACGAAGAAUUGGAUUGUGGAGUUUAUUUUCAUCCGUCAUUUGUUUAGUAAGGUUCAGCAAUGCCUGCGUUUCGGCAGGUUGGGGAGAAACAGCUCCCCAACCCCAUUCUGUACAUGGCCUGGUGUCCUAAAAGAGAUCUGAUCGCUUUGGCCAACACUACAGGAGAGCUUCUUCUGCAUCGGCUUGCCAACUUUCAUCGUGUGUGGAGCUUACCUCCUAAUGAGAACACAGGAAAAGAGAUCACAUCACUGGCCUGGAGACCCGAUGGGAAAGUUCUAGCGUUCAGCGUGGGCGACACGAAGCAGGUGGUCCUGUGUGAUGCAGAAAAGGCUGAAAUCCUCCACCUGUUCCCUGUGGAAUAUCCAGCAUCCUGCAUGCACUGGAUGGAGGUGCAAGAUGACAGCAGCACUUUGACCUCAUUCAGCGAGUCUGAGGAUGAGUCCAGCCGUUUUCUUCCAAAGUUACCCACUUUACCUAAAAGCUACAGCACCACAUCAAAGAUAUUUAGUGAAGAAAAAUCAGAAGAAGUCACGAACCUUUUAGGGGAAGUGAGACUCAAUAUCUUGGUUGUUGGAGGACCAUCUGGAUUUGUUGAGUUGUAUGCUUAUGGCCUGUAUAAGAUUGCAACGCUAAGUGGAAUCUUAGGGACGUGCCGUAGUCUUGGACUGUCUAGUGACCUCAAGUCUCUCUCUGUUAUAACAGAGAUUAGAUCCACAGAUGACAACCCUGAGAUACGCUACAUACAGCUGGACACUGGGCUGCUGUCUUCAUGUCUGCCCGAACUGACCAAGAUGGCACGCAAGUUCACACACAUCUCAACACUGCUACAGUAUCUGCGUGUCUCUCUCACCUGCAUGUGUGAAGCAUGGGAGGAAAUUCUUAUGCAGAUGGACCUCCGCCUCACUAAGUUUGUCCAGGAAAAAAACACAAGCACUCAGGUUCAGGAUGAGUUUUUGGAGCUACUGUUAUGGGGCCAUGCAAGCCCUGAACUUCAGGCUCUUCUCAUGAAUCAGCUCACAGUCAAGGGCUUGAAGAUGCUGGGUCAGUCAAUUGAUUCUUCCUAUUCCAGCAUUCAGAAACUUGUUAUCAGUCACUUGCAGAGUGGCUCUGAGGCGCUGCUCUAUCACCUGAGCGAGGUCAAAGGAAUGGCUCUCUGGAAGCAGAAGUUUCAGCCUCUCGGCCUGGAUCCUACAGACAUAGAGGAUGCCAUCGUAGCAGUGGGCUCUUUUACCCUGAAGGCCAGUGAACUUUUGCAAGUCAUUGAUAAAAGUAUGAAGAACUUCAAAGCCUUCUUCAGAUGGCUGUAUGUUGCAAUGCUGCGAAUGUCAGAAGAUCAUGUUCCUCCUGAGCUAAACAAGAUGACUCAAAAGGAUCUGGCUUUUGUGGCUGACUUCCUGUCUGAGCAUUUCAGUGCUAACGAGGAGCUGUUUGACCGAAAAGGGAAAUAUUUCAAUGUUGAGCGUGUCGGACAGUAUUUGAAGGAUGAAGAUGAAGACUUGGUAUCUCCACCCAACAUGGAAGGCAACCAAUGGGUGACGUUUGUAAAACAGAGCACUCACCUGAAAGACAGUCCACUGCUCUUCCCCACUUACCCACAGAAGUCUCUGCACUUUGUCAAGAGACUGAUGGAGGCGUCCAUUGAUCUGUGCUUACAGAAACCAGCCGCAGUCAUUGGUGAUUCGGUGAAACAAGCUGUGUGUUUACGCUUGUACACUGUUCCAGAAAGCUCAGAAAAUACUCCAAGGCUGUUUGAGCUGCCUUCACUGUGGAAUGACAAGAAGGCUGCUAUGCAUUAUGUAGUGUUCUGCAUGCCUGAGAUCUCGCCCUCUAAAAUCUAUAUUCUUAGGAGAUCGACAGACCCCAACAGGUCUGUACCUAAUGGUCUGGUGGCCCUGAACCUUAACACUCCACUCAAUUCUAGUAUAGAUGAUGAAACACCCGUACCUGCUUCUGUCGACUGCUCAUACGGUUGCCUUGAUGCUCGGUUUUAUGAUGAUGAGACGUUGACAGUGGUUUUGCGGAGACUGGAAGAUGAUGAGAAUAAGAUGCGCGUCCUCGCUCAGCUUCCCCUAAACUCUGCUAUGAGCUGGGAUGAGGAGUUCAGCUGGGACCUUUCACUCAGGUUGGAGCAGCAGACUGAGGGAAUUCCAGUGCAGGGUGUUGCCUGGGGAAACCAGAGCAGAGAGAUGGACAACAUCAGCGCUCAGUUUGUGGCUGUUAAUGGGAUCCGCAAAGUGGCCUGUGUGCUCAGUGCCAAUUUGAGGCAUGUACGUGUGUUUGAAAUGGACGCAGAGGAGGAAGAGGAUGAGGAAGAACGAGCUGAUGAGUCGCAGGAAAUGAGCUCAGACCAGGACAGAAUUGAGGACGCAAAAACUAAUCAGAGUGAUGCUGGUGAAGGUGGACAGGUGGAGGGUGCCCAGGUGUCGGGUCAGGGUCCAGGAGACAGUUUGGAUGACACUGCAGGAUCAGAUACGCUUUGAGGAUCAAACACGUUCUACACGACAGAAUUAUAGACUCCUCUGUUAUAUCAGGUCAUGUUCUUUACACAUCUAAGAAAAAUUGUGAUAAACAUGAACAUUUUACAUGCUCAUUUGUAAAUAAAUGGAUUUGUUGUUAUAA